AAGGUAAGAACUUGACUUUUUUUACCUUCCUGAUCUCUUUAAAGAAAGAAUAUUUGGAACCAAAAGCGCGUUCAACAGUCCCAGAAUUUAAGAGAAAUUGCAGAGCUCGCUGCUGUCCUUCAUUCCUCCUCAAUCCGUGACUUUUCUGCUGUGCAGGGGGUGGCUUUCCAUAGGUUCCUCUCCGUUUCUGCUCAAUUUCUACAGCCACCAUAUCCGAACUUCUCAACAGGAAAUUCUGGAAGCAAGUUUCUGAAGUCAUGCGUGUAUCCGUGUCCAAAAUGUUUAUUAGAAGGCAUCCAAACGACAACAUUCCAGCCACAAAUAAGGCCCCUGCCCCCAACAGCAAUGGAGCUGUGAAGCCGGUGCAGACCCCAACCCCCACCUCUGGUAUUCCCACCGGAAACAUCAACGUAGGUCCCGGUGCUGGAGCUUACAACACGGGUGGACAAUCCGCGAGUAUAAACGACAACAUGGGAGCGAUCAACUUCAAUAGGCGUGGCCAGGAGACAGUUCCACCUAAUGGAAAUCUCAACAAAGGCCCUGGCGCCGGAGGCAUCAACUCAGGCACUGAAUCAGCAAGUAUCAAUGGCAACCAAGGAAUUAUCAAUUUCUAGUAUUCCACAUCGAAUGAACAAACAAUUGCUGCUCUUUUGCUUGCUUCUUUGUUAUAACAGUUUCACGAAUAAAUUGUCCUUGUUCUCAAGUACACAAAUAAGCUAAAUUACACAAAGCAAGCCCUGGUUUUGGACUAGCUCCUCCAUGUUCAAAAUAAGAAUUUAGGUACAAUAUAUAUUUAUUUAUGUU